GUACCAUGAUAUGAAAUAUUCGUAUUUGCACGGGGUACAGCGUAGCGUGAUAUCACAAGCACCGUUUUCUAACAGACGAUAGAGUCGCCUAAAUUCCGCGAUCGCUGACAAAUAGUGGCAGUGACUACUUCAAGGUCAAAUAGAAAUAAGAUACAGAAGUAUAUGUACAAAAUCACCUCUACAUACUCGUGAUCGGUCCAAGAUAGAGAAAAAAAAAUUCCAUGGCAGACCCAACACUCUAUACUUACUCCUCCCCAUUGGAGGGAUAUGAAGGUCUCAACCCCCUUCCCAACGAAACUGCGGAAGAUGGUAAAUCUUUCAUCAAUCCUCCGUCCAAAGAAAAAAGCAAAGCAUACAACGCUUUCGUCAGCCCCAUCACCAACGGUAUUCGAGGAGGAUUCGACAUUCAUAUCUACUAUCUACAUACCGAUAGUACGGAGACUGAGUUUGCUCGCGCACUAUGGGAGCGCAUCCGCCGAGAGUUCCCUGAGCUCCGUAUUUACAGGAUUUGGGAUAAACCGAUCGGACCUCAUCCUUUGGCCAUGUUUGAAGUCAAUCUAUUCACACCCGAGCAGUUUGGCGCAUUUAUCCCGUGGCUGGUAAUCAAUCGAGGACCUCUAUCUGCACUCAUUCACCCCAAUACCGACGAGGAAGAGAGAGAUCACACACAGAGGGCGACAUGGAUGGGCCAGCCGUUACCCUUGAACUUGAGGCUGUUCAAGGAGCGACAGUGA